AUGGCCAAACACCAGCUUGCAGCAACUGCCAGCGCAACAACUUGGAGGCACCAACCCAGGAAAUACCUUGAGCAGCUGGAGCAGAGAGUCCUGCUGCUAGAAAGCCAAUUGAGAGAGGCAAGGUCGAGCGCGGCAUACGAGUCCCCAUACAAGACCUCUCCUGAUAAUGGCCUUGCCGUAGACUUUGAGCAAGCGAGCGCAAGUACUGCGGCGGACGAUGGCCAAGAGUUGGGAGAUUUGUCAUCCAUGAUAGGGACCCUGAGUCUCAACGCAGCAGGCGCCGAGCCCAGUUACUUGGGUCCCUCCUCUACCUUUGCCUUCACGCGCUUCGUGAAGCCCUCUUUAGGGCAAGCGAUCGGACCUUUGUCGUCCAACGCCUUGAGAUCAGAUCUCGAAAAUCAGGGCGGGCUUGCGCCAGAGCCGUGCGCACUACCCGAGUAUCAUAUAGCAAUGCGGCUGAGCAAUGCAUACUUCCACAACAUUCACGCACAGUACCCGUUUCUGCAUGAGCCGACUUUCAGGAAAUGGGAGGCUGCUCUGGCAGAUCCCUUUGGGGCCCUGAGCAGCCUCAACUUCGACCCUCUGGCACUAUACUUUCUGAACAUGGUCUAUGCUGUUGGUGCUGUCUUGCUACCCAACCUAGGUCACGCGGCAGAGCAACUCUACACCUCAGCAAUGCUCUACAUAGACGAGAUACUGUGCCACGACAACCUGGAAUCUAUCCAGGCGGUACUGUGCUGCGCUGCAUACUCGAUACGAUCUUCCAAGGGCACAUCGCAUUGGAAGCUGAGCGGACACGCACUGCGCCAAUGCAUCAACCUCGGCUACCACCGUAAUCACCGACGUCUUAGGUCGACGAUAAACCAGUUCCAGCAAGAGAUGCAAAAGCGUGCCUUUUGGAGUGCGUAUGUAAUGGAGUGCGCAGGAGCCGUCAUGUUGGGCCGGCCACUUGCUCUUCACUUUCAGGAGAUUGACGCAGAGUUUCCGUUAGAUAUUCACGAAUCUCAGCUCUCGCCCGAGGGUAUCACUGGGUCACCGCGCUCUCCUGCGGAGCCCCCUACCAUGAUGACAUACGCCAUCCACGGCUUUCGCAUCCGCUCGUUGCUUGGAUGUAUCCAGACCGCGCUAUACUCAGACGUCACUCUCAAGAGUCCUGAAAUCCGCCAGGCACGAGUUGAGCAGCUUUCCGUCGAGCUCGAGACGUGGUGGGCUUCCAACCCUCCGCCUAUUGUGCCGCCGAAAGAGGGCGCGCUAUCGUUCUACAUGACCCCCGACUUCUACGAAACGAAUUACCACUACGCAAUAUUACAGUUGUACCGCGUGCAAAUCACGGACCGAAAGACCACGGCGCCUGAUGACGUCUUUCUGAAAUGCCUCGAGGUGUCGAGGAAAACGUGCCGCAACUUCUGGCGUCAGUUUCUGGGCAAACAAUUAUCAUACACAUGGGGCGCGGUGCACGAGCUCUUCCUGGCUGGGCUGACGUACAUAUACUGUCUGUGGACGUCUCCUGCUGCUCGGGGCGUGUCUCGACAAGAUCAGGUGAGCAGUACCUGCACGGACUGCACCAUGGUACUGGUGAUUCUGGCAGAGCGGUGGCCCGAGGCAGCGUCAUACAGGGACAUUUUUGAAGUGCUGGCCAGUCGGACAAUGACCAUGUUAACGGACGUCCAGCAAGGGAAGAUGGUCGGUUCCACUGCGCUUGUUCAAGGACAGGAGGCGUAUCCAGAGGAUUUGCCGCAGUGGAUGGCGGGAAUCAGUGAUACGGGGUACUCGACGGGGGCUGACUGGCUCUUGAGCGAGCUGAUUGAUGAGUAUCCGAACCCUGAUACACAUGUACACAGUGGGAGUUGGCAAUGA